AUGAAUUCCCGUGAAUACAAGAAGGAUUGCAUAAUUUUUGAUGAUAGUUAUGAAGGAUAUUCAGCGAAGAAUUUCACUUUACCAGAAAUCUAUGAAAAACAUAUUUCAACCAUUUUAAUUCCGGGUGGAAUGGUUCGAAGUCGUUUGGAAAGAAUGUCUAUUGAUAUAUUGGAUGAUUAUGAGAAAUCUGGUGUACAAUCUGUCUACGUGAUUUGUAUAUUGAAAGGAGGCUUCAAAUUCGCUUCUGAAAUAUGGAAAACGUUACAAAGUAUUCAUUUACGCGUGAAAAUUACAUAA